AAGGUCCGUGUGCGCGCCGUCGCCUUGACGUCAGCUUGCCUGUGUACGGCAGCUCGCAGGGCUCAGUUCCGCCGCUCCGCCGCUCCUGCUGACGAUGGGAGACGUUCUCUGCGAAGAGCUCGAGGAUUUAGUUCAUUUCUCAGUGCACGACCUGCCGGCACGAGGCUAUGUCGUCAUGGAGGAGAUCCGACGUCAGGGGAAACUCUGUGAUGUCACGCUCAAGGUCGGGGAUCAUAAGUUCAGCGCUCACCGGAUCGUCCUGGCCGCCUCCAUCCCGUAUUUUCACGCCAUGUUCACCAACGACAUGGUGGAGUGUAAACAGGACGAGAUCCUGAUGCAGGGCAUGGACCCCAGUGCUCUUGAGGCUCUCAUAAACUUUGCGUACAGCGGCCACGUUGCGAUCGACCAGCAGAACGUUCAGUCUCUCCUGAUUGGCUCGAGCUUCCUGCAGCUGCAGAACGUUAAAGACGCCUGCUGCUCCUUCCUGCAGGAGAGGUUACAUCCGAAGAACUGUCUUGGUGUGCGUCAGUUUGCAGAGACGAUGAUGUGUACGACUCUGUACGACUCAGCCAGCAGCUUCCUCCAUCAGCACUUUGUGGAGGUGUCGGUGUCCGAGGAGUUCCUGGGUCUGAGGACGGAGGAGGUUCUGGAGCUGGUCGGCUGUGAUGAGCUCAACAUCAAAGCAGAGGAACAGGUGUUUGAAGCUGUGCUGGCCUGGGUUCAUCAUGACCGAGACCGGAGGGAGUCUCUGCUGCCGGAGCUUCUGUCAAAGAUCAGACUUCCUCUGUGUCGACCUCAGUUCCUGUCAGACCGAGUUCAGCAGGAUGAGCUCGUACGCUGCUGUCAUAAAUGCAGAGAUCUGGUGGAUGAAGCCAAAGAUUUCCACCUGAUGCCGGAGCGUCGCCCUCACCUGGCGGCCUUCAAGACCAGACAGAGGUGCUGCACCUCCAUCACAGGACUCAUCUACGCUGUGGGGGGACUCAACAGCUCAGGUGAUUCAUUAAAUGUGGUCGAAGUGUUCGAUCCGAAUGGGAACAUCUGGGAGCGCUGUCAGCCAAUGAGGACGGCUCGCAGCAGAGUGGGUGUGGCUGUCGUUAACGGGCUGCUGUACGCUAUUGGAGGAUACGACGGCCAAUCACGGCUCAGCACUGUGGAAGUUUACAACCCAGAGACAGACAGCUGGACACGUGUGUCAAGCAUGAACAGCCAACGCAGCGCCAUGGGAACGGUUGUGACUGAUGGGCACAUCUAUGUGUGCGGCGGCUACGACGGAAAAUCAUCUCUGAACUCUGUGGAGUGUUACUCUCCAGAGACUGACAGGUGGACGUUGGUGACCGACAUGAGUGCGAGUCGCAGUGCGGCCGGUGUGACGGUGUUUGACGGACGCAUCUUUGUGUCUGGCGGCCAUGACGGUUUACAGAUCUUCAACACGGUGGAGUACUACAACCACCACACCAACCGCUGGCACCCGGCGGCAGCCAUGAUGAACAAGCGCUGCCGUCAUGGGGCUGCGGCGCUCGGCAGUCACAUGUACGUGACGGGCGGUUACGACGGCUCGGGCUUCCUGAGCGGGGCGGAGGUGUUCAGCUCGGUGUCGGGUCAGUGGAGCCUCCUGGUGGCCAUGAACACGCGGCGCAGCAGAGUGUCGCUGGUUUCCACAUCGGGACGCCUGUACGCGGUGGGUGGCUACGACGGACAGUCCAACCUGAGCUCCGUGGAGAUGUACAACCCCGACACCAACCGCUGGACCUUCAGGGCGCCCAUGGUCUGCCACGAGGGGGGGGUCGGGGUGGGCUGCAUCCCGCUGCAGCCCGCCUAAACCUUCAAUCAAAGGCUGAGGAUUAACGCGUUACUGACGGCCGCGGCCGAGCGGUGGAGGUGGCGCUCUCCGCUGGCAUUCACUGAGCUUCAUCGGUACGACGGCCGGGCUCAGACCUGCACACUGACGCCAGGCCUGUGGGAUUGUGGGUAAAAACUGUAGAGCUAGCCUCCGAUGGCUAGCUGCUAACAUUGUGCUAUUAUCGGAUGGAUGAUUCAUCGUUAACGUUGAUUUUAUACUUGAUUGACUCGACUGACAGGAAGCGACCUCGUCUCCAAACGAAGCUGCUGAAACAGGACGAGCCGUAAUUGACAGACAGGAAGUGACCUCAGGCGACACGAGACAGAUCCUGCAGCGCCCCCGACAGGCUGCACAGUGCACUACAGGCUGCUUCACUUCACUUCCUCAUUAACUCUCCUCCUCGUUUCUUAAAUGUUUUUCCUAAAUGUUGCUAAUCUGAUACAUGCAAACACUGGGCCUGUUAAGAACCAAUCAGGUGCUGUUCUUUACAGUCACAUGCUCACAUGUAGCACCAUUAGCUGUUAGCUUCUGUUAGCUCCUGUUUGGAAAACCUAUUUUCUGAUUUCUGUGGAUUCGUGAUGUUUACUGUGGAUGACAUCAGAGAUGAUGACAUGUACAGGAAGUGAUGUCACACUGAAUGAUGUGUUCACUCUGAGGAGGAGGAGGAGCUUCCUGCUGUGUCUUUUAGCUCUCCGGUGCCCCCAUGAGGAUGCUCAGUGCUGUUGCGGUCCAUGUCAGUCCAGAUCCUGAAUUGUCAGCAGGGUCAGACGAGUCCUGAGCCAGGUCUCAGCUCAGUGAAGCAGUGGUAUGUCCUGAAGGGGGCGCUGGAGGACCAAUGAAAGGGUUCCUGAUUGAUGAACUUUGAUUGAUUAUUGAUUUUGGACAUUUUGAACUGUUUGAUCGACCUCGUUAGUUUGGUAGUAAUUCUAAUCAACAGUGACAUCACAGUGACAUCACAGGAAUGAAUAAUUACUGUUGUUUGAACAGUAUGUUUCAUUUUCAGUGUGAUUGAUUUAUUUUGUGGAUCAUUAAAAUGCUGCUGACUCGACAUGUCGUCAAUAGCAGACGUCAGGCACGUGUGUGUGUGAAUAAUAAUUAUACUAAACGAUGUGAAAUCA